CCUCUCGCGACGUCACAGUAAUUCACAAUUGUGAUUGGCUGCUGCAGAAAGGCGGGUCUAAUCUACAGCGCCUAGGAAGAAGAAGACGGCCAUCAUCGUGAGGUCGCAGGCCUUUGUGAUGCCAAGACAUUGUUCUGCUGUAGGUUGCAAGUCACGUGACACAAAAGACAUUAGGAAAUCUGGGAUCACUUUUCACAGAUUGCCAAAGAAGGGAAACCCACGACGCACAACGUGGAUUAUCAACUCUCGUCGCAAAGGCCCUGAGGGAAAAGGACAGUGGGACCCCCAGAGUGGAUUCAUCUAUUUCUGCUCUAAACACUUCAACCCCGAUAGCUUUGAACUCUCUGGUGUCAGUGGCUAUCGCAGACUGAAGGAUGAUGCCAUUCCCACUGUAUUUGAAAUUCAGCCUCAUGAAAGAGGAAAUGCUGGGAAAUGUGCAACAAAACGGAGAGGCAGACCUCGAAAUGUGGACAAACAUAUCAGUGUCAAGAACUCCUCCAAUAAUGAGGACUCAGAAAGCCAGGAGAUCUUCAACAAUGAGAGUGUAUUGCAAAAAGUAGCAGAAAAUGAGUGUGAAAAAGGCGAAGGGGAAGACAAGCGUGCUCAGACUCCUCCUCAGCCUUCAUCCGAGGCUCCCCAAACCUCUGAAGAGACGGCACUAGAUGACCAGCCGCCUUCUCCUCCUCGUCCACCUUCUCCAUCCUGCUACAUGAGACGUCUCCCGCCUCCUCCUGGAUUUUACUUGCCCAAAGAGCACAACUACGCUCAGCUGUGCCCUCUAGUGUGGCGCAAGCGCUACGACAAAGCCAUUGACAGCUUGGAAAAAGCACUGCGUCUUCUGAGUGCCGCUCGACGGCGGGAGAACCGCCUACGCCACGCGUUACUGCGCCUCAGAGAGAACCGACUCCGAAGCACGCUGUUUCGCACACGAGACGGAGCCAAAGGAAAGGAGGCCCGAGCAGGCAAGUUUUCAAGCUGGGCUGCUCAAAAGGGACAGGGGGCGAAGGUGGAGAGAGGUUGCAAUCUUGAGGGAUUGGAGGAGAGCGCGAGUGAUGAAAUAGACCUUCUGGCUGAGGGCUGGAACGGACAGGCACAGACGAAAGGAAAAGUCGCUGGGGAAGAAGAAGAAGGGUGCUGCUUUUACUGCGGAAGAGACAAUGAAGGAAACAAAGUAAGUGUAUACAAAGAAGCAACUGUAGGACCCGAUGAGAUUCAAGGAUCCCAUACAAGACAUAAGCCCAAGAGAAUCCAAGCAAUCAAAAAGAAAGCCAAAGUGCUCAAAGAACAAAAGUCAGAGACCUCAAAGACUGAUGUAGCGCCUGUGGAGCAACAAAGCUACUAUUUAUAUUACUGUGAGAGCGCAGAGAACGAGGACACGAUGCAGGUGGUCACCAUGGAAUUGCAACCGCACCAGCUGAGCACCGAGGAGGAGACAUCUCUCGAGCUUCACAGCGAUGCAGAAGAAAUCCAGCAACUCGCUCUGCUGCAUCCUCAGACUGACAUGCACACUGCGCCUGGGCCUGUUCAGUACUCCACAACUCUACAGGAAACUUCUGCACCAUUCCAGCUGCAGCAAAUCCAAGUGCUUCAGCCGCAACAAGGACUUCUUCUCCCUGACCUCAACGCUAAGGAAAAGAGCGAAAUGGAGCAAGGACAGCAGUUCUUCUGGGUGCAGGAAGGGACUGAUGAUCACGUCCUUCUGAUGCCGGUUUCUGCCGAAGUGGGGGAAAGCAACAGGGUCAAUAUUGAGACUGUGAUUGAGGCUGUGCAGCCUCAGGUGAUAUUGGAGAGGUAUCAGUCAAAGGACUCUGAAGAAAGGGACGGACUGGCUGUCAAGUGUGAUGCUACAGCGUGGGAAAACGGUCAGCUCACACAUCAGUCGGACCUGAGGCCCACGGCAGAUGUCAGAGAGAGACUGAAGGAACAUCUGGAGGGGUUUCAGCUUGAGCUUAGCAGCGAGUUUAUUGACUGAACCGAUCGACAUGACACGUUUUAAUAUUUUUUAUUCUCCGGUUUCAGAACAUGCACAGACUGUAUCAUUUGAGAUAUUUCAAAGACAUCAGCAUAAUUUUCAUAUGAAGGCCGAUUAUUGAUAAAAUUGAAUAUGCUUGUAUUUCAAUUGGAAAGCCAUAAUACAAUAAAACUCUUCAGUCAGUAAAAUGUGCAUGUUGUAUAUGCAGUGUUUAGUAAAUUGGAUUCACUAAUACAGAUAAAUGCAUCAUUUGACAUCGUAGUUAGACUGUUCAGAAAUGCCAAAAUUACACAGUAAAUCAUUUGCAUUCAAGUUUGAAACUUGCUCCGUUAUUCUUCCCUGUCUGCACACCCACAAACAUGGCUUACUGUAGUGGGUUUUGAAGCACUUGUUUGUUCCCUCAACCAUGAUGAUCAAGUUUUCCUGUCAUAAAGAACAAACGAAUAUUAA